AUGUGUAAGCUUAUUAAAUCACUGCUUCUGUCACGGCUUUUUGGACUGUUGUACUAUUCAUCCAUGUUUGGAUGUUGCUCGUUGUUGAACGACGAUUUGAGAAAUGCUGCCUUUGCCGAUCCGGACUUUAGCCAUUCAUUUGUUUUGCGAUCAAACAACGUAAGUGAUUCCUUCAGAGAGAUACUGACCGGUCGCAAUCAGAUGCCAUUUCACGUGAGAGUGCAUGCCAAGGUACUUAGCGGAGUGAACGCUGGAUUUUUCUUUGAAGCUGUUGGUGCUAUUCAAGUUUCUGCAGAACCUGAGAAUCAUCCAUUUGGAGGGUUAGUCUUUGCUUACGAUAGAAGACGUGUAAGGAUAUGGGCUCCUUCACUUUUUGAAGAUACUGGCUCAAACGGACAAAUCAUAGUUGUUGGAAAAGACUGGGGUGGUCAAAGUUACAGUCAAACAUGUGAGAAAGUACUCGUUGUUGUUCACAUUUGGUAUACUGGCCCUUCCCCAACAUUUCAAGCCAACACAAUAGUAAACACGGCCGAUCCAAAACAUGUCUUUGUAAAAAUCAACCAUAAUCUUGAGCAGAUACCAGAACGUGUCAUGGUUAGAGUGACACCCUACUCAACCAGUGACUCCACUCCCAAUCAUGGUUUUUGGUUCAAUGGCAUAACUGCAAGUCAAAAUUCAAAGAAAGAAGGAUAUGGAGGGGUGAUUUUUGCAUAUGACACAAAAAGUGUUUUGCUGUGGGUUCCCAGCUCUAACACCAAAAGGACAGGCUGCAUAUUUGUGGGAAACAAAUGGGGUCGUGGACGGUAUGCGGAGAAUACUCAGAAAUGCAUGGUCCAUAUUUUUGCAUGGGUUUUGAAGUUUCCCGUUCCUUCAUUCAAGACCGAAUGGUAUGCCAUGAUCUCUCAAGGCAGAAAUCCUUAUGAAACGUUUUUGGAGGUCAAUCACAACUUGAACAAACUGCCACUGCUUGUGGUUGUUCAGGGCCAAAUAGGCACUAAUGGCCUCAUCUUUGAGGGUACAGGAACAGUCAUGUCAUCUGAAAACAACACCGGAGGCUAUGGAGGCAUAUUGUUUGCCUAUGAUGAAAACUAUGUUCGUGUUUGGUUACCAAAGAGGUACAAGGAGGAUACCAGGGGAUAUGGUAUACUGGUGAAAGAGGGUUGGGGGAAUGGCCGCAUGCUACAGGCUGUCCAUAAAGUGUCCAUCCGUGUUAUUUUGUAUUCGUCAAUCUGUGAUCAAAAGAUGCACAUGAUAACAGAUAAUGGUAAAUGCAAAGCCAUGCCUUAUAACUCCUUUCAAUGGGUUAUUGGACCAUGGAGCAAGUGUUCAAGUAUCUGUGAUAAGGGUGUGAAUCAUCGGAAAAUUUUAGGUUGCAGCGUGUCCACGAGGGAAACUGUUUUGGAAUGCGAUUUUGCCAGAGACAUGUGCGGAUGGCACUCCUUGCCAAUCAAGAGUUGGUCACGUGUUAAGAAUACAAUCGUCAAUGCCUCCGAUAACUUUGGUUGGAAUCUGCCAAAUGAUUUUUUCUACAUCUACACGCUUUCUCUGCACUCCGAAUUUCCAGUGAGGUUUCUCAGUCCAAAGUUUUCGCCUCGUCGUUUCUGUACCCUCUCUUUUGCAUAUAAAAUGUUUGGAAUUCCACGUGCAAAUCUCACGAUUCUCGUAUUGGAGGACGAUGACAUAGCCAAACAUACCGAGUGGACGAUGCGAGAUGAUCAAGGCGAAGACUUUUGGCGUCGGGGUUUUCUAAAGUUAUCAAAAUAUCCUCGGCUUACUGGCGUCAUCUUUCAAUUCAUCCUUGCUGAUAAGUCAACGUCGAACCAUCAUUACUCUCGUGGACACGUUAGCAUUGACGAUAUACAGUUGGUGUGUGAAAAAAGAGGAAGGAUCACGACGGAUGCAAAAGUGUGCGUGAAACGCAAGAUCCCUUCUGCCGGAUGUCUUCAUCCUGCCAACCUGCCAAAUGUUAAAGGUCCUGCGUAUGGCACAGUUACUGCAAUGAGUAAGCAAGUUUAUGUCGUGGCCAGCGGUCGCUAUGGGGACCUUAUAGGUAGCUAUGACUUUCAGAUUCAUCAUGCUGGAGAAUAUGCUCUAUGGCUUGUUGCAUACGGGACAUCACCGAGCGACAACGGCGUAACAUUUAAGAUUGACAAUGAUGAAGAUGUACAUUGGCAUACCAUUUUCAUUGAUAUGGGACGGCCUAUGUGGCAACAAUUUGUUCACGAGACAUUCGCUCUCAGGGCAGGAGUCCACACAGUUCACUUUUCGCAAAUGGAAAAGAACUUUCGCUUCAGUCAUGUUUCGCUUCUUCCCAAAGAACUGCAUACCUGGGUGCCUCUUGGAAUUCAAAAUCGUUUCAUCCCCGACUCUUUUUUAAGCGCGUUCCCACCCGCCGGUUUGCCUGAUCCAAAGUUUGCGCGGUUAAACGGUUAUGAUGCGUGGUGCUCGUCUGAUCACAAUGCUGGUUAUGUACGUCUAGAAAUAACUCUCCCACAGCUCGCUCUGGUUUCACGCAUAGCUGUGCAAGGCGGGGACCGAAUCAUGCGAAAGACCAGUAGUUACUGGGUGUCAUAUUUCUACAUGAAAGUAUCAGUGGAUGGAGAACACUCCUCUUGGUACCGUGCGUCUCCACGCAGAAAAGGUUUCCAUGCGAAUUCAGAUUCAAGUGGCAUCGUUGAACACGAGCUUCCAUUUGCCGUCCUCGCCAAGAAGAUCAUGAUCUUUCCAUACAAAUGGGCGAACUGGAUCUGUAUGAGAACAGAGCUGUAUGGCAUUUAUAUGACGGAUAACAUGUGCGCUGCAGCUGAUGGGGAAACUGUGACGGCACGGGAGUGUCGAGGUGAUAGAAAUUGUAGCCUCAAUGCCGAUUGCAAACCACUGACAAACGACAGCAUCAUCAAAACAGCUUUGCAAGAUGGUUUAAGCAUGCGCGAAGUGUGUCAUUGUCAUGAUGGUUACCAUGGAGACAGCUGUCAGCACGUGGGAUGCCAGCCGAAUCCAUGCCAUCACAAAGGAAAGUGUGUAAUGACGGUGUCGAACUUCACAUGUAAAUGUAAAACGGGAUACCACGGUCGUUUGUGUCAGUGGCCGUGUCCAGUUGGAAAAUAUGGUAAAAACUGCACGCAAGCUUGUCAAUGUAGUCGUCAUGGUAGCUGUAACAUUGUCACUGGUCAUUGCGCAUGCGAGCCCGGUUACUAUGGAUUGCGAUGUGAACGCAGGUGCCCUCGUGGUUAUUUUGGAGUGGACUGUCGAGAGAAAUGUCAGUGUGUCAAUGAUGCUGGUUGCGACAAUGUUAAUGGAACUUGUAACUGUUCCACAGGUUGGACUGGAGAAUUUUGUGACCAGCCGUGUGAGAAUGGCACGUGGGGGUUGCACUGUGAAAUGGUAUGCCAUUGCUCUGAAAACGCCUUGUCAUGUGAUCCUAUGACCGGUGAAUGUGUGUGUCAGCCUGGAGCGAGGGGAAAAACGUGCGAUGAGAAGUGUCCUUUUGGUACCUAUGGUCUAGAUUGUUCUGGUGUCUGUCAAUGUAGUGUUCAUGGUGUUUGUAAUGUCACCGAUGGCAGUUGUACUUGCGUAUCUCCCGGCUUUACUGGCGUUCUAUGUGACCAACACUGCUCAAAUGGUUUCUAUGGUCUUCAGUGUAAAGAGAGAUGUCGUUGUGCCUCCAAUGCCGAAUGCGAUUUUGUUUCCGGUAUGUGUAUGUGUGGCAAUGGUUUUUAUGGUAGUAACUGCUCUCGACCUUGUCAACCUGGUCGUUGGGGUGCUGGUUGCCGACACGUUUGUGGUUGUAAAAAUAACGCUACAUGUGACAGCAUUACCGGUGACUGUGAGUGUAAAUCUGGCUGGCAUGGUCCGUUCUGCGACAGUAAAUGUCCAAACGGCUUGUGGGGCUCAUCAUGUAACCUCACCUGCGAUUGUCAAGGUCGUGGCUUUUGUGAUUCUCGUAAUGGACAAUGUUUGUGUGAUCGUGGCUGGACAGGACCGAACUGUACAAAUAGAUGUCAAAAUAACACGCAUGGACGAAACUGCCAACAAAAAUGCUCAUGUUUGAAUGGUGCGCAAUGUGAUCCCUUCAAUGGCACGUGCACAUGUUCACCAGGUUGGUAUGGUCGCACCUGUGCGCAGGCCUGUCCCUCCGGUUAUUUUGGCAAAGGAUGUAACAAGAAAUGCGAAUGUGCUAAUGGAGCGUCGUGUGAUCCAGUGCACGGCACGUGUUCGUGUACUGCUGGUUGGAGAGGUAGAAACUGCUCUCGCACCUGUUCAUCUGGCUUAUUUGGCACCGAAUGUGCUCAUUCUUGUCGCUGUGGUCAUCACGUGGACGUAUCGUGUAACCACGUGACUGGAGAAUGUUUUUGUGCUGCGGGUUACACUGGUCCUAGAUGUAGUCGAUCGUGCGAUCCUGGACGAUAUGGACUACGAUGCCUCAAGACAUGCGAAUGUCAAAACGAUGGCGAAUGUCGUCCGAAUGAUGGUCGGUGCAUCUGCUUGGCGGGGUUUAUAGGGGAUAAAUGCGAACACAAGUGCCCUCCAAUGACGUUUGGUGUGAACUGUACUGACACUUGCGGUAUGUGUGCCCAAAGUCAGUCGUCUUCCUGUGAUCACGUGACAGGAAAAUGCAUCUGCUUACCUGGUUACUAUGGCUACCAUUGCGAGAAUGAAUGUCCGGAAGGUAAAUACGGUCAGGAUUGUGCAUUGGACUGCGAGUGCGCAAACGAGGCUUCUUGUCAUCACGUGAACGGAACAUGUGAUUGCACGGAAGGUUUUAUUGGAAGAAAAUGUGAAAAGCCCUGUCCUCAAGGAAAGUUUGGUGCGAACUGUUUAGGAGUCUGUCUGUGUGAAAACGGUGCGUCAUGUGAUAAAGUAAAUGGGAAAUGUCAGUGUCUUUCGGGAUUCACAGGGAGUCGUUGUAUGGACAAGUGUCCCGACCGUUUAUGGGGCAUUGAAUGUCAAAACAAGUGCUCGUGUGAGUGGAAUCAGACAAGGAAAUGUCGAGGUGAUAACGGGCAAUGUCUUUGCCACGAUGGCUACAGAGGUGCCACUUGUCAACAGUUCUGCGAAGAUGGGACUUAUGGUGAAGAUUGCAAACAUCCUUGCCCGGUUUGUUCCCGACACGUGAUCGGCACGUGUUAUAAAAUUGACGGCCGUUGCCCGUGCUCCCCAGGUUACCGAGGACAUUUGUGUGACAGUGAUUGCAUGCUGAAGAAUUAUGGAAAGAACUGCGGAAAGCGCUGCGAUUGUGAUGUUGAUCACGUGUGCCAUCACGUGACUGGUGCUUGUUAUCUAACGCGUGUGGGAAGGUUUCAAAUCGUCAUCAAGGAAAACUUCACAAAUUUCGAUGAGAUGGUACGGCGAAAACAGUUGAAACUCAAUGUUGCCGUUUUGAUAGCCAAAUACAAUAACAUGUAUGAGGAACUACGUCAUCUCUCGAGACGAAGGAUUCCGGUCACGUCAAUUCAUGGAAAUAUAAGCAUCGUCAGCACGCAGAUAACGGAAACAAUUCAACCUGCAACUAGGCACGACUUUGUUGCACGUAUUUUAGAUCUCAAACCCGGAUUGACAUCUGAUGGCUCUGAAGAAGUUGUCGCAAUUAAUAUGGUGAUGUUCGAUGGCGAGAUCCUACUUAACGGUAGCAUUGUGAAGGAUGUGAUUUCAUGUUUGGAUGAAGAAGCUGUAAGCAAUAUCCUUGGAUGUACUUAUUAUUCCGGGGUGUUGUAUUCAGAGAAUGCCGUCCCUGGUUCUGUGUACUCUCCGCUGGUAAUUGGCGCGAGUGGAGGUUCUCUUGGCCUGGUGGUUUUGAUGAUAACAUUGUGGUUGUACCGUAAACGUCAGCGGCGUUUGAAGAAAAUAAAAUCGGAGAAAAAACGGCAAAACGAAGCGGAGAUGGAGAUAGAGUUGCGAACGCGGGGCAUCCGCCAUAACGGUUACAGAUUGGCUUUCGAUAAUCCUUACUAUGACGUCCUAGCUGCCAUGGCUUUGGAGGAGGACGUUGAAGAAGAUUACAUUAAUCCGCUAUGUGAUCUUGAUAGUCUGAUGAGUCAUCAAGGUAGUGACGAAAGCGUUAGCAGCGUCAACGAUUGUAGUAUUGACAGAGGCGAGAGUCUACAAUCUAUAUCGUACUGCUGAGGUAUUGAAACCGUUGUCUUCAUCUUUAUGUAUCUGUCUCGGCAAUACUUAUCGUCAAGCAAUCGCAUGUUGUACAGCUGUUUUUAAAACAGUUCCUAUACGAAGUUUGAAAUGACCUAUUCUGCUCGCUUUCCUCCUUGACAGGUUUUUGAAGCUGUAAUUGACCUCUAAUUUUAGAGAAGAAUGAUAAUAGCGCUGUUGUCAUUGAAACCGAGAAUGAAGGCAGCUUUUUGGAAGCUCUUCGAUAAAAGUGAGAAACAGUAGUUACCACUCACUGUACGUUUUGAUGCAAAACUUAUCAUCAUUACACAUUCCAUGAUAAAGCAACUCCGUAUAGGUUUUCUAAAUGGUUUUACAGCGCUGUUGUUAUUCUAAGUGUUACAGUUUCAAAUCACAGUACGCUGGUAUGUCUUUAUAGAAAGGUUAACCAUAGACGUAAAUUGGAUAAAGCGAGUUUAGUCAAUCGAUUUUUAAGGCCAUUGAGUAUUAUCAGUUUCAGUGGACUAUUGAGCGAUGAUUUAUAGCUUAACUGAUGUGCGGGCCAUUGCCCCACUAGCAAUGCGUCAUACAACUGUUGUCCAUACAUAUUGACAGCAUUCCACAUGUCUGAAGUCAAAAAUGGCCUUAAAGUAUCAAACUUAUCAUUUGUGUAAAUAGCUUAGUCUGGUUGCUUAAAAAGUAAUGCAUUUUAUAUUUAUACAGCGUUGAUAAACUCGCCCAUGGAGAUGGGGUAUUUAAUCUAUUUUUGUGUUUAGCAAGACUGUAAAUAUUCAUACGCAAAAUUUAAUUUCGUUGUUCGCAUGUUUUCUUUACAAACCAGUUUAUUUUUUUAUAAAAAAGUAGAAAUAUCAUGAAAGUUUUGUUACAUAGUUGUGUAUUUCAAAAAAAAUCGAAAAUAAAGGAAAGAAGGAGUUUUCAAUUUUCCUA